AUGAAGAAAUUUGAGCCCCUACCAACAUCAUCCAUUGAUAAUUUGAAGCUUUUACAAACCUCUGUUCUUCCCCUUUCACUGAAAUUCACAAUCAUGCAAGAAAACACCCGUAAUCCAUUCGCUGUUGAUUUAAUCAGUGAUUCAGUUCGAUCUUCAUUGUCGAAUUUGAUCUUAACAGGUGGGAAUACAAGCACCUUCGAUUCAGUCUUUUCUCACUGUUCAUCAUCGUCGUCAUGGGUAGAAGGAGCUACGAUAGGGUCUUCAAUGUAUCUCAAACAGAGAGAUCUCAUCCUCAAAUUCACAGACGAAUUCGAAACAAAAUCCCCAAUUGGGUUUUCUCAUCAAGCGAGCAAUUUAUACAAGAAGAAGUUGUAUAGAGGGGUGAGGCAGAGACAAUGGGGUAAAUGGGUGGCGGAGAUCAGACUGCCGCGGAACAGGAUGAGAGUAUGGUUAGGAACAUACGAAACGGCGGAGAUGGCCGCCUACGCUUACGAUCGAGCUGCAUAUAAGUUACGUGGGGAAUACGCGCGUUUGAAUUUUCCUAACGUGAAGGAGUCGACGUCGUUGGGGUUGAUCGGAGACGAACGUAAGUUGAAUGCUCUGAGGAGCGCUGUGGAUAACAAACUAGAGGCGAUUUGUCGAAAGGUUAGAAGAGAGAAGGCUCAAAAGAGGGAGGAGAGGAAGAAGGUUACGGUGGUGGGGAAUUCAGGUGGUGGCGAUGAGAGUUUCAGCGGGAGUGAUAUGGGGUCAUCCUGUGUUUCGGAAGAUGGGUUUUUGAAAGGUGAAAAUUCUCCAUCGGGAAGUACUUUUUCCGGUGAGUUGACUACGGCGGACGAGACGGAGAUUGGUGGUUGGUCACUCGCGCGGAUGCCUUCUUAUGAUCUUGAUUCCAUAUGGGAAAUACUUGCUAAUUAG